CUGAACCACUGGAAAGGAGACGCGAGAGGUUUUUAAGGACUUAAGGAUCCUGGUGGACGAGUCAUGCGCACGCAAGCCUUUCUGCUCCAGAUGUGAAGUUGAAGCGUAUACCUCAAUUCGUGUGAGAGAUGGAAAUCGCAAUGGCAGCUUGUUUUUAACCUUGCCUUUGUUACCCAGGCUGUGAUGAACGAGUGAAUGGUCUCUCGAGCUUGUGCACUUCGAGGCUGACAGCGCGCACUGCAGAGGUGCCAUGGCGGGGGCGGCCCUGGCGGGGCUCUCCAUGAUGCUCGGUGCUGGUUUCCUCGCUUGGGACUGGUCGAACCAGAACCAGGUGGAAAAUGAUCCCGGGGCACCGAACCCCCGCAGACCACCGCACAUCAUUUUCAUCAUGACAGACGACCUGGGUUUCAACGAUAUCGGCUACCACAACCCUGACAUGCGCACACCCACGCUGGAUAAACUGGCGGCGGAUGGAGUGAAACUGGAGAAUUACUACGUGCAGCCGAUCUGCACACCGUCUCGUAGCCAGUUCCUCACCGGCAGGUAUCAGAUCCACACAGGUCUUCAGCAUUCAAUCAUCAGGUCACGACAACCCAACUGUCUGCCUUUUGACAUGGUCACCCUGCCACAACGUCUUCAGGAAGCUGGCUACUCCACACACAUGGUGGGAAAAUGGCAUCUGGGCUUCUACAAGCGUGACUGUCUUCCCACUCGUCGGGGCUUUCACACCUACUUUGGCUCACUGACAGGCAGUGUGGACUACUACACGUACGACUCCUGUGAUGGUCCAGGGAGGUGUGGCUUUGAUCUCCAUGAAGGCGAAACUGUGGCAUGGGGAUAUCGGGGAAAAUACUCAACACAUCUAUACACACGCAGAGUGCGUAAGAUUUUGGCAUCGCACGAUCCAUUAGGAAAGCCUCUGUUUAUUUUCUUGUCCUUCCAAGCUGUUCAUACUCCCUUACAGUGUCCUAAGGAGUAUAUCUAUCCCUAUCGUGGAAUGGGAAAUGUUCAUCGGCGCAAAUAUGCAGCCAUGGUUUCUUCCGUGGACGAGGCAGUACACAAUGUGACAUAUGCGCUCCGGAAAUAUGGGUAUUACCGCAACAGUGUGAUUAUUUUUUCUACAGAUAAUGGGGGCCAGCCUUUAUUUGGAGGAAGUAACUGGCCACUUAGGGGCCGGAAAGGGACAUAUUGGGAAGGUGGCUUACGUGCUGUGGGAUUUGUCCACAGCCCACUUCUCCGGCGGCGGAGGAAAGUCAGUAAGGCACUGGUUCACAUCACUGAUUGGUACCCAACACUUAUGCACCUGGCAGGGGGGAAUGUAUCCCAGAUGCAUGGGCUAGAUGGGUAUGACAUGUGGGAAACAAUCAGCGAGGGAAAGGAAUCCCCACGCUUUGAAAUCCUCCACAACAUUGACCCACUGUAUGUGACUUCACGCCAUGGCUCACUCCGGGCCGGGUACGGAAUCUGGAAUACUGCUGUACAGGCAGCAGUACGAAUGGGAGACUGGAAGCUGCUGACAGGAGAGCCGGGUUAUGGAGACUGGACACCACCACAGGUGCUAGGAAACUUCCCGGGAGGGUGGUGGGAUCUUGAGCGUCAUGCCGAAGCCCGCAAAUCACUAUGGCUGUUCAACAUCACAGCAGAUCCAUACGAGCGCUACGACAUGACUGAACAGAGGCCUGAUGUGGUAAAGCAGCUGCUGGCCAGGAUAGCGUUUUAUAAUCGCACAGCUGUGCCAGUGCGCUACCCUGCUGAGGAUCCAAGGGCAGAUCCGAGUCUGAAUGGAGGGGCGUGGAGGCCUUGGGCUGGGGACAAGGAAGCUGACAGCUGGCACCAGGUUUAUCACAGAAGGAGGAAUGACAAGAAUAAGAAGUUGGACAAAAUGAGGUCAUUUUUCAAGAAACUGAACACAAAGAUUAUGUCCAAUCGGAUAUGAAAGUUAUACAUGUAAAGAAUGUGAUUUCCUUUAUAUCCUUCUGAAAAUUUUUUGGAAUCUUUGGUAUCAUUAUUACAUUCUCUACCUCUCAAUUUUAUUUUCUCUAGUAAGGUAUUUGUAAGGCCCUACACUCUUAGAAAACGUUUCUUCUGCUGUCCAUUUACAGAACCCUAAAUGUUCUGUGUGGAAACCUACAACAAUGCUUCCCUUUUAAAAAUGGUUUGAGGCAUGGCCUGUUUAGGAUAAGAAUUAUCCUUUAAACUCUUAAAAGACUCAGAGGAACCUUUUUUCUAAGCCUGUAAUGCAUUCCCAGUACAACUUAAAAAUGACUGAGGAAUUAUUAAUAUUAAUGUAAUGAAUGAAGUAAGGCAUUUGUUGUGGUUUACUCAAGACAAUCACUCAAUACUCCUGGAUGCCUUUUAAAACGUAGCACUGUGGAUAAAAAAAAAAACACUUUGCUUGGACCAGCUGCUUUUCAGUUGUUGAUUAAUUUCUUGAAAUGUUUACUCUUAUCAGAAUGAUCAAAUACGAUCAACCAUACAUCAUAGUAUUUGCCAUAGUAUGUGUUGUGAGUAUUCUGCAUGCAUUGUUGAGAGAUAUUUGUAAUAAUAAAAAAACGUCGCCUGUGCUUUCACAGACAAUUUAGUGUUAUGUGCAUGUGGACUGAAGUAAUUCAUCUCCACAGAGAGACUGCCUUCUAGUGGUCAUAUGGUGUUAUGAACAA